CCCUCAUCAUCUUUGCAGCGCGCUUAUUGCUUCGGUCUAGGUUACCUAGGCUGCGACGAAAAUGUCGCCCUGAACGCAAUAACCACGACGGAACGGUGCUAGAGACACGAUCAAUCGAUUAAGCGCGAAGCGGUACAAAAGUAGGCCCAGGAAAAUAGGCGCUCCGGAGCCCUGGUAAAUCUGCAGCGGCCGGGCGGACCAGUUUUCCUGCUGCUGCUGCUUCUGAAUUGGCCGCAAUAGUGAGUGCGCGUGUGUGUGCUCGAGAAUAGAUAGAGAUUGUGGACGAUGCUGAUUUGCGGACGAGCAUGAUUUUAUGUUACUGUACCUCUGAACUGUGUGUGUUUCACGAAGUAGGCCAAGUGAAGUAGCCCCUGGCACAGCACAGGAACCAGGGGUGUUUGAGGAUCGUACGUGACACGCCGUGACACCCAACUCCCGGGAAUUGGCUGCGAGUACGGAGAUGAAGCAACCCUCCCUCAGCAUCAUAUCCUCCUCCUAGUUCGUGCAAUUUUCCAGCAACCGUGCAUCCGGUGAUCCUAUCGGGGGCGAGAGAUACAAAACAUGGGACGAAAUCGAAAGUAAAUAUCCAAAGGAAGGGUUCGCGCGAACUAGGAAAAAAGCGAAGAAAUCCCCUCAAUCUGUGUGUGCGUGUGAUUUUUUGCUCUUCUUGUGUUUUCGUUGUGCUACGGCCGCCGCGGUCUGCAGGCGGCGUGUUUCGUUUUUUUUAUUUGCGUGUGUGUUGGUGUUGGGUUGGAGAAGAGCGUUUUGAUGCGAGUGCUUUAUCAGCGCAGAACGCGAAGAAGGUACUGUGUGCUGUUUAAUAGCAAUUUACCCAGCAAAAGGCCGCAGCACCAGCAGCAGCAUCCCGACCCGCCCGAUCGAGGGACGAAUUUCGGGUCUAGAUUUCCAAAGUGACGCUCUCUGCGCUUGCUGUGUUUUCCGAUUGUGAGUUUUUACCGAAGAAGCAGACGGCGGAAACUGUGGUGUGCGCGCAAGGUGUUGUGUGUGAUCGCCGUCAUCGUCGCUGCCAUCGCAAGGAUUGCUGGGUCGUGAUGUUUUGAAACCCUUUCUUUUUCUUUUUCCGAUCGUACACCCCGCUAGAUUAGUCCCCGGGAUUGUGUGUGUGUGUGCCGACACACCAUAUUCAUAAUAUUUUUUUUUAUUUCCAUGUUUUCAUCAUGCCUCGGGAUUGCAGCAUCGCACCCAAGCUCCGCAGAGAUGUGUGGCGCCGCACAAGAAUCUACCCGAGCUGAUGCUGGUGCUGGUUGGUGGUAAUUGUGUCGCCAUUGCAGCAGGCGUGUGCGACGGUUUGAGGAGAGAAACGACGAGGAGUUGUGGGGCGCUCUAGUGGCUAGUGGCAGAAGUGGUAAGAAUUAGCAUCCACCGUUCCUGCAAGUCGCUGCCGACCGUGAGUGGAAACCCCCACCGGGCGGAACCAGGGGUAGUGAAUGUGUGAAAGUGGAAAGAACAGAAGUAGCUGCAGCAGCAGCACCUCCGCGUAGCGCACUAGUAGACACAGUGCUCUGCAACGGGUCGUCAUCAUCGUUGCCGUCGACGUCGCCGCCGCCGCCGUCGUCGUUGUCGCUAUCUCUCGGCUCUCGGCUGUCAAGGGUUGCUAAGGGAUUUCGCUGGUCUGGCCCUGAAAAUGCGAUGUUGUGCGAUGUGCGUGCGUGAAGCAGUUGCCACAGUUGGCUCACACAGCACCAGCAGCAGCAGCAGUUUGCGAGAAAUAUAAUAGGUUGGGUGGAUCAUCGGAGGCAGCAAAAUUGGCACAACACGCGUUGUCUGCCAUCGCGAUCGAUCGGGUGUUCCGUGUACGUGCUAAAUGAGGGAAAAGUGUGGGACCGAAUUGAGAUAUCCACAGCCUGCCAGGGACGCGUCAAAAAUGCAGGAACAGAUUUGUGAGUGCAAAGUGAGUGCGAAAGGAGCGUAGCGUAACGAAAGCGAAAAGCGCAGUUGUUAGUGUGCUAUCACACGGACACAAGGCGGAAGGACGGUCUUUGAACAACGUUCACCGACACCGACAGCUCGCGGAAUCCGAAAGGUGAACGAUGGAUUUUAUUGGCAAUCUGCUGAACCAAAUGUCGUCCGCCUUCAAUCAGGAGACGGCCAUCCCCAAGAAGGAGGAGAUUUCCAUGGACGAAACGCUCAAGUGGCGAGCGUUGAAGAACAAUCAAUUUGCAUCCCGCACCCGUCAGCCAAGCUCCAGUGGGGGUACUGGGGGUGGAAGCGGGUCCGGCAAGGGUGGACGAAAGGUGGAAGCCAACGGUCAACCGCGCCCCGGCUCAUCGGCAACCAGCAGCGGACUGGCAACGAUGAUGACUAUGUCAUCGGCGGAAAACUCGAACGAUUCCGGUCCAGCAGCCUCUGCCCUGGCCAUCAGCGAAGGUCGCCGAUCCGCACCGAUCCUGGACGGUUCACUCGACGAUACCAACUCAUCGGCAUUGCUUAGUAACGGUGGUGCUUCCUCGACGCCCGACCUCAUGAUCGCCGGUAUUGA